AUGAAAGAAAAUAUAGAGAAUAAAUAUGUCAAAUUAGAAGUUAAAUUAGAUAAUUUAAAAGAUGAUUUAAAGAAAGAUAUUUCGGAUUUGAGAGAAGAUAAAACAAUAAUACAGUUAUCAAGCAAUAUACCAAAUGAAAGCAUAAAACAUUUUAUACAAAAAGACGCAUUAUUCAAGAAAAUCGAAGAUAUAUUUUCAAAAUCAAAUAAAUAUGUUAUUAUUAGCGGUUAUGCUGGUUCGGGUAAGAAAACACUUGCAUCAAAAUAUGGUCAUAAACAAAAAGAUGAAAAUAAUAAAAUAGUUCGUUGGUUUAAUGCUGAAUCAAAAGAGUUACUAUCUGUAUCAAAAUAUAAUGGACUCCGAUAUUUCGCUUAUAACUUUUUAACGGUGAAUGCUACAGACUUGCGGUUUUCAGUUUCUGAAACUAGACACUGGGGCACGUAG